CUGUUUACCUUCACUUUUUCGCUUACAGCUAAGAGAUUCUACAUGAAAUAAAGCUUGGUCUAAGUACAUUUGAUCAGCCUCACUACACGACUAGGACUUAGACUUUGCAAAUAUACAAUUAUUUCUUGUUUGAACUUUGGUGUUUUCACUGGGAAUUUGAAAUCCUUAUAAACGUGGACGAUAUUUGGCAUUGAACUCAUUGUCACAUAUUACGAAAGUUUGAGUUUCUUAUCUUUCGUUUUUCAUAACAUAUUAAGGGAAGAUGUUUUUGGGAAAAUAUUUGAUAUGGGUGAUGUUACUGUUGGGGCAGAUAUGCGGAUCCAAAAGCUGCAUUAAAAAAGAAAGGAAUGCUUUGUUCGAGCUCAAGAAAUACAUAAUCUCACUUUCUGAAGAAGGGAAAUCCAACGAUCAUCUCACUACUUGGACUAAUGACACAAAGAGCGAUUGCUGCAUGUGGAAAGGCCUUAAGUGUGAUCCUACUAGCGGGCGGGUUAUCGAGCUUUCCAUCAGCCUACCGUACCUCAAACUCAAAGAGAGUGCUCUCCUAAACCUUUCUUUGCUACAUCCCUUUGAAGAAGUUCGAAGUCUAGACAUAGACGGGUCUCAAUUCAGUGGCUUGUUUGAUGAUGUGGAAGGUUAUAGAAGCCUCAGGAGAUUAAGAAACCUCGAGACUCUAAGACUCUCUUCAAAUAGUUUCAACAACAGCAUCUUUCCUUUCCUUAGUGCCGCUACAUCACUCACAACUCUGUCUCUUCGGUACAAUGACAUGGAUGGCUCUUUUCCUGUUAAAGAACUUAGAGACUUGAUGAACUUGGAAGUGCUAGACCUAAGUGGAAACGGAUUUAACGGCUCCAUACCAAUACAAGAGUUCACUUACAUGAGGAAGCUGAAAGCUUUGAGUCUAGUUGGCAAUGAAGUUUUUGGAUCAAUUGAACUGCAAGGGGUGUGCAAAUUGAAACAUAUAGAAGAGCUCGAUCUCAGGAGAAACAAACUUGUCGGUCAGUUUCCUUUAUGCAUAACUAGCUUGACUGGACUUCGAGUUCUUGAUCUCUCGUCGAACAAUUUGAUUGGGAAUGUACCAUCUGCUCUCAGUAGCCUUAAGUCCCUUGAGUACUUAUCGUUGUUUGAUAACAACUUUGAAGGCUUCUUCUCACUUGGUUCGUUAACCAACCUCUCAAAGCUUAAGGUCUUAAAACUUGGCUCAACUUUCACUUCACUAGAGUUAGAAGAGUCUGACAGUUUUUGGAAGCCAAAAUUUCAGUUGAGAGCUAUUUCACUAGCAAGUUGCAAUUUGGAGAAGGUACCUCAUUUUCUCGAAUACCAGAAUGAUUUGCGUCAUGUUGAUCUCUCUAACAACAAAAUUGCUGGAAAGUUUCCUUCUUGGUUGUUGGAGAAGAAUACAAAACUCAAGGUUUUGAUUCUUCAGAAUAAUUCUUUUAGGAGCUUUCAGCUACCGCAAUAUGAUCAUAAUCUCAUUUUCCUGGAUGUGUCACUUAAUGAAUUUGAUCACCUCUUUAAUGAGAAUAUUGGGUGGAUACUUCCUCAUUUACAAUAUAUGAAUCUAGCAAAAAACGGUUUUCAAGGAAAUCUGCCAUCUUCUUUGGGUAACUUGAAAGAUAUUGAAUUUCUGGAUAUAUCUCACAACAAUUUCCAAGGGGUGUUACCGAGAAGUUUCUUAGAGGGUUGUUAUUCAUUGCAAAUCUUAAAGAUGUCUCAUAACAAACUAACCGGAGAGGUUUUCUUAGAAUCAGCUAACUUUACUGGAAAAAUUGGAAAAGGUUGGCAAAGCUCGAAAUCAUUGUAUAUGCUUGACAUAUCGAACAACAAUCUCUCUGGUGUUAUUCCAAGCUGGAUUUGUGAACUUCCAAGUUUAUAUGCAUUACUGCUUUCAAACAACUCGUUGGAAGGUGAAAUACCUCUUUCGUUGUUCAACACAACCGAUCUCAAGCUGCUGGACCUCUCUACAAACAUGUUAUCAGGUGGCAUACCUUCACUUGUCAGUUCUAGAUAUCCAAAAGUGUUACUCUUGCAAGUCAAUAAUUUUUCAGGGGCUAUUCCAGACACGUUGUUAGGGAAUGUUAACAUACUUGAUCUAAGAUAUAAUAGGUUUUCUGGGAAUAUUCCGGAGUUCAUCAACACCCAAAACAUCAAUAUUCUUCUUCUUCGAGGUAAUCAUUUAACAGGUCCUAUUCCCCACCAGUUGUGUGGCCGAAGUUAUAUCCAACUUCUGGAUCUUGCUAACAACAGACUGAAUGGAUCCAUACCUUCAUGUCUCGGCGAUACAUCAUUUGGUUUCAUGAAAGAAAUUAUCUUCGACAUUAAUUAUGGUGCCGGCAUUUUUUCCCUAGCAGGAUCCGAUAUAUAUUUCAAAUCUCUGAUUGGGGAAGAACAGUUUCUGAAGCCAUACGAAGUCUUCAACCAGAUAUUCAACCAGCUGAAAGUUGAGUUUGCAACAAAACACAGAUAUGAUACCUACUUUGGUGGAAAUCUCAAACUAUUUUUUGGAAUGGAUCUAUCAGAAAAUGAAUUCAGCGGUGAGAUCCCAGUAGAGUUUGGACAUCUUCUUAAACUAAAAUCUCUCAAUCUUUCUAACAACAAAUUAUCAGGUGUGAUACCAAAGAGCUUUUCAGGCCUGAAGAACGUGGAAAGCCUUGAUCUUUCUUUCAAUAGAUUACAAGGUCGAAUCCCACCACAACUUACAGAUCUUAGCAGCCUUGCUGUCUUCAAUGUCUCAUUCAACAACUUAUCAGGAGUCAUUCCAGAGGGAAGACAGUUUAAUACCUUUGAUACGGAAAGCUACUUAGGUAAUACUUUUCUUUGUGGGCAAACAAACAAAAUAAGUUGCAAUGGUGAUAUUUUUCAAGAACCAGAUAAUGGAGUGGAAGCUGAUGAAUCCACCACAAUCGACAUGGAAUCUUUCUACUGGAUUCUUGCUGCAGCCUAUGUGACAAUACUUCUUGGGUUAUUCGUAUCACUCUCAUUUGAUUCUCCUUGGAGCAGAGUUUGGUUCUACAACGUUGAUGUUUUCGUCCACAAGGUUAGGAAACUGUUGUGAUAAAUAAAACACUGCAGGUGCCUGUGAUGUGCUUGUUUCAUCCGCAUAUGUUGUUGUUGUUGUACUUCUCAAACUAGAAAACAGAACAUAAUUCAUGUUUUUGGUUCCUCUGUACUGUCUUUUGUCUUUGAAUAAAAGUAAUGCGUCAAACAUAUCUUAGAGCUGCUUUGGUUGUUUCGUUCAAUAUAUAAUCUACAGUAGCACUUUAAAUUUCUUCAUGACACACUUCCAUAGUAGGACGACCAGUCGUUCACCAGAUCAUUGUUGAAUGAGAAGUCCCCCACGUUCAGAUAAUUCUCCCUGAAGGAUUUCGAGAAUGGACCGUUAAAAUUUUUGACCAAAGAUGUUGAUUUUGUUUAAACCAAAUUGGUGAAUGUCUCUCUGCCCAAUGGAGAACCCAGCAACAACAAAACUGGGGAAGUGUUUCUUUAUUCCUGCUUGAUCAGCUUCCACUGAAACUUCUAGAAAGCUUGCAUGAACUAAGAUCAACAACGGACUUUUGCAUCACGUACGUGUCCAGUAAAUGAAACGUACGUGUUCAGUUACCUACCUGCAACAGGGGAUUUUGCCUUUGUUAGUUGUCUCUUCUCCUCUCGUCGAUGGGCUCUUUACUCUAUUUUAAAAAUUUCAGUCAUUUAGUGAAAAUUAUUUAACCACCUUUGUCCUUUUUAGUUAAUAUUAUUUACAAAGUGGCCCCUCAGCGAAAAUUGCAAACAAAACCUCCCUCUCCCUUUGCUCUCCCAAAUAAUAUUAUAGAGUUCCUCCUAAAUUGCAUCUUUCCCUUUAUUAAUGCCGCUACAUCACUUACAACUCUUUUCCUUCGAAAUAUCUGUAAGGAAAGGCUUGUCUAUUAUUGAGAAGGAUUUACAAUAUAUAUACAUAUGAUCAGUAGGGUUUCACCAUUACUAUUUACACUUAAAUCCUUUACAUAAAUAACUCUCCUAU